CUGCCUUUUGUCCUUCACUCCACUUCCAAUCUGACUGCCUUUGCUCUUUUGCUUAAUCUUCAACGCAUUUUUCUUUCUUGAUUCUCUCUUGAAGAGAUGAGUAGAGAAGGAAUAGAAGAAGGAGGGCUUUCUUGUUCUUUGAUAGUCAAGGAGAAGCCUCAGGAUGGUGUUGGUGGUUGUUCUGGUGAAGGACAGGGUGAAACUAGGAUUUCUUCUUCUGCAACAACCACGGUUGUUCUCAGCACCUUUGUUGCUGUCUGUGGAUCUUAUGUUUUUGGGACUGCUAUUGGAUAUUCAUCACCUGCUCAGACGGGAAUCGUAGAUGACCUUGGUCUUUCUGUAGCAGAGUAUUCUCUUUUUGGUUCAAUAUUGACAAUUGGAGCAAUGAUAGGUGCAGUGAUGAGCGGGAGAAUAGCAGAUUACAUUGGUCGAAAAUGUACAAUGGGUUUCUCUGAGGUAUUCUGCAUGGUAGGAUGGCUUGCGAUACUAUUCUCAAAGGCUGCUUGGUGGCUUGACCUAGGACGGCUGCUGGUUGGAUAUGGGAUGGGCCUCCUUUCAUUCGUGGUUCCCGUGUAUAUUGCUGAAGUUACACCUAAGAACAUUCGAGGAGGAUUUACAUCAGUCCAUCAGCUGAUGAUCUGUUGUGGUGUGUCAAUAACGUAUCUCAUAGGUGCUUUUGCCUCCUGGCGGACUUUGGCUCUGAUCGGAACAAUUCCAUGUCUUAUGCAGCUUCUGGGCCUAUUCUUCAUCCCUGAGUCGCCUAGAUGGCUGGCAAAGGUAGGCAAAUGGAAAGAGUGUGAAGCUGCCCUGCAGCGCUUAAGGGGGGACAAUGCAGAUAUUUCUGAUGAAGCAAGUGAGAUUAGAGACUACACAGAACAACUUCAACAGCUUUCUGAAGCUGGCAUUUUUGACUUGUUCCAGAGGAAAUAUGCUUGGUCUCUCAUGGUUGGAGUUGGCCUGAUGGUUCUUCAACAAUUUGGAGGAGUCAAUGGAAUUGCAUUUUAUGCUAGUGCUAUUUUUAUAUCAGCUGGAUUCUCUGGUAGUGUUGGAAUGAUAGCAAUGGUUGUUGUUCAGAUUCCAAUGACAGCAUUGGGAGUACUCUUGUUGGAUAAAUCUGGAAGAAGGCCACUUUUAUUGGUAUCUGCAGCUGGAACAUGUUUGGGUUGCUUCCUGGUUGGGUUGUCAUUUUUCUUGCAGGACCUUCAACAAUGGAAGCAGGGCACUCCUAUUUUAUCACUUGUUGGUGUACUGGUGUACACAGGAUCAUUUUCGUUAGGUAUGGGAGGAAUACCUUGGGUUAUAAUGUCUGAGAUAUUUCCCAUAAACAUGAAGGGUUCAGCUGGAGGCCUCGUGACAUUGGUUAGCUGGUUAGGUUCUUGGAUUAUUUCCUUUGCAUUUAACUUCCUCUUGAAAUGGAGCUCAACAGGAACAUUCUUCAUAUUUGCUAGCAUAUGUGGAUUAACUGUUCUGUUUGUGGCAAAGCUGGUACCAGAGACCAAGGGACGCACACUAGAAGAAAUACAAGCAUCAAUGAAUCCAGUUUCCUUGGAAAGAUAACUAUGGCUUCUCCAUUAUAUCAUUUAUCAAUCUGUCACUGAGAAAUUCAUGUACAAUUCAAAAGUUCCAAAAUCAAUGCCUGACCAGAAACUUAUGCUACCAAUGCCAUGUUUGAAUUCAUGAA